AUGCCCCGGUCCCAAGGUCGCCAGGGAGGGCCAUCGCAACCUCGCCGAGUCUUGGGCGCAAGGGUAGCGCCGUACCAUGGGAGUGCCAUAGGAGUACCAUGCCAUGGGCCUGCUCGAGCGCCCGCUGCUGCUUCGCCUCAGCGCCUUGCCAGUGCCUUGCCUCCGCGCGCUUUCGCCUCGGCGGGCGCCCCGCGGCUCGACCCUCCUCUUCCUCCCGCUCUGAUCAACAGAAUCAGCCCCCCGCGUGUCAUGACAACAAUUUAACCGAUCUUGGUAUUGCGACACGUUUACGAGCCCGCCGUGCAGCUGUGCAGAACGGACAACGUGGUCAGCGCGAUGGCCGACCCGACGCUGAGCUCGCCCCACCACCACCUCCUCCGCAAAGGCGCGUGCGCCGGGCUCGAAUCGCGCUCAAAACCCCCUCAAGCCCCAUGUUUCGAUCCGCGACUACCUCGGCCCCCAGACGGCCGUGUGCACCCAUUGCAAGGCUCGACACUGGGAGUGCGAAAGGACAAAGUCGACCGGACACUUCAGCACGUGCUGCUCGCAGGGCAAGGUGCGGCUAUCUCCCCCUCCCCAGCCCAAUCUUGAAGGCUCGGAUAGCGGUCAGUUGCUCCGUCCAACAACAUUCGUCUGCAUUAUACCCACAUGCUGAACUGUGCGACCCACGCGCACAGAAGCUAAAGCAUUUCGCGAGAACUCCCGGUCCUACAACAACGCGCUGUCUUUCACGUCGCUCGCAACUCACUUCGACCAGACACGACUGAGCACUCUAGGACCCCCCGUGUUUCGCGUGUUCGGUCGCCUCUAUCAUCGACUUGGCGCCCUGAUCCCUGCCGUGAAUCAACGCCCAGCCUUUGCUCAGACAUGGCUCAUCGACCCGGCCGAGGCCACUGACACUCGACUUGGACCCGACAGCGCAGACAGUUGCAUACAAAGAUCUACGUUGACCAAGCUCAAGUCCAAGUUGGGUACCGACAAUCGCUUUGUGAGGAAGUUUGCAUGGCCAAAGCUUGCGCAAGUCUCGCGCAGGUUGGGAUACGGCCAAAGACUGGAUCCUGCGCCUCUGCCUACCGCCAGGCCGAGACCGACGCACCCACACCCUUCCUACGUCAAGCACGGAAAUGGCGAUGCUUAUCUGCGAUUCCGACACCAACACGGGAGAUUGUGGACCGCAAGGCCUUAUUCUCCAGGUGCACGGUGAUCGAUGCCUCAAUGGUCGGCCCGAGUACAAAUCGUCAGCUCGCUCCAUCCGUCUGCGAUGCCUCUCCGGUACACACUACACUUCCCCGCGCGGGAAGAUGGCCUCCACCCCAACCCUCCUCUUUGCGGAUUCAACCAAGUUGGGCCACUCUUCGCCAAAAGACCGCGACGAAGAGGAUGGAGACGAGGAGGAAGGGGACGAAGAGAAUGAUGAUGGUGAACGUAAGCGUCUUCGGCUCCUUCUCGGGUGUUCCAUUCUGUUAAGGCGCGAGCACAGACUGACAUUGAAUGUUUCAACACCUAGGACGAAGUUCAAGUAAAGGGGGCCGAGGUGGCGAGUCUUGCGUUCACAAUUCUUUGCGUACUACUUGCACAAACGCGACAAGCCCGCAUGCCAAUCAACGUUCCAUCCCGGAGUUCGUGAUCGAGGGAUACUCCUAGGUCGAGACCGAUCGACUCAACUACAUCCAGUUGCAUCAAGAAAACCUACGCCUCACCACGACCCAAGGCAUCAACGGUUUGACCCCGGACCAAAUUGGACGCUCGAUGACCUUGGGCUCGACGUUCAAGAAUAGACCGCACAUCACGCGGCGAUACCAGGAUGCGAUGGCGUGCGUUGUCAAACAUGGAAAGCCUCCGCUGCUCAUCAUGAUGACGUGCGACCCCGAAUCACAGGCUGCCCUGGGGCCGAACGACAAAGCAUGCAACCGUCCGGAUCUCAUUGCACCUUUCUCAUCCUCACCCGGCCCGGCCAGCGAUCGCAUACAACACGCCAGGCCUACUAACGGCGAAGCCGCAGGUGGUCUUCAUCCACCACCAGUUAAUCACCCCCAAGGUGUAAGAAGUAAUUCACAUGUUUGCUUUUGUGGGCUCCAGCGUCUGAUGUUUGGCUGACAAGCUUGUGUGCAGUCAUUGGGAAGAUAUCACAGGGGGCGAACCUCAGGUGCCGGAGGCCGGCGUGGUCCCGCCUGCCAGGAGCUGUUCCCGCUUGGGAGAACAUUCUCGACCUGCCCGAUUACAGUUGAUUCUAUGCGGAUGUCCGGGGAGGGGCUUUUUACCGGUCGCAAGUGCGCCGAAGAAUGUCCGACGCCACUCCCCGUGACUGUCGAUGGGCACCCCGGGCGAUUGGCACACACCAUCCUCCGUGAUGGGGAUCUAUGUGCGGUUGUCUGCACCGUCGAGGGUCGCGCUUGGAGAGACAGGUCCUCCGGCAAAUGGCACAGGCGCCCAACCUUUGUGCCCCUCAGGAUUCGCGUGCAUGGCCAGAACGACGUGAGUACUUCUUGGAUGUCUUUUGUGCAUAUUACAUGUGCCUGUUGUAGUUUCCUUUGCUGACGUGCGGCAGAUGACACGCCUGACCACGCCCCCGCCGACCGUCCGGCUCAGUCCAAGAUGGGUGAUCGCCUCACCUGUAAAGCGCUCGGCAAUGGAUGCCGAGCUGGAAACUGAUGGUUCGUGCUGGUAUGUAUUGUGAUUAUACGUUUGUCUCGAAAGUCGCCUGUACUGACUACGCAGCCAUCUGCAGUGGAGCAUCCGACGUCGAAGCGCAGAUGCGGCCUUCUGUAUUCCGCCCCGUUUGUGGUCACGUCCCCGCCACCACCCGAGUAUGCGGGCUACACCUCCGCCUCCCUUGUCGAAAUAGUCCUGGCGCUUGCGUUGCAUGCCCUCCUCGACAUCAAACCAUUGGACGACAAGACCGUCAAGGAUCUAUUUGCCGAAAACCUCAAGGAGCAAGUGUCAAGCUCUCUCCCCAGUUCUGACUCCAUUCCGCAACCCCGUCGCAAACGCAACUGGAGAAAGAAGCACAAGAGCAACAGUGAUGGGGGCCACGUCCCCGAGGCUUCGUCGUUGCCGGCAGAUCAAAAGCGUAAGCACUAAUCCCGAGCUACUUUUUCAUCGACUUGUAGGAAUCUUACAGGGCCUGACCGCUCUGAACCCCCUCACCAGAACCCGAGCGCAAGCGGCGCAGAAUCGACUCGGAAGGCCGCAACACCUACCACGGACCGUCGUUGCCGGCCCAUUUCCAGGGUAAGCACAACUCCUGA